UGUUGUUUUGGUGGGAAACGCGAACGCGAUUUCAAAGAUGAGUCUAUUCAUAAACAUAUGGCAAGGAGCUUCGAAGCGAAUUGAGAGCAAACAAAUUCAAAUGAAGAAUUCUAUGCUUAAAAAUACGGAAAAUGAGAAGAGCAAAGCUCAGGUAUGGUGAUGGAAGUCUGGAGAAAAAUACAUCACCAUACAAAGCUAGAGUUAUGUCCAAUCUGGGGAAGCUGGUUAGGCCGAAAUGCGGCUUGACGAUGACAUUUCUUUUGUGCAUUUUCUCAACAGCAACGUUGUUCUUAAUUGGGACCUAUUACAGAGGCUCAUUUUGGAAAGAAGAGGCUUUCAAAAAUGUUGAAUUUGAUGUUAAAGAGGUUAAACAAACUGAGGAAUUUCAAGAUGUUUUGAGCGAUUCAAACAGAAUGCCUUCAAUCAAAAGUGGUAGGUUUCAAGAUAGGAUACCCCAGAAGUUAUCUCAAGAAAAUGAUGAAGCUAAAUCUUUUGAAAAAACGUCCGAAGUUGAGAAGGAUAAACAAAAUAUCGUAGUUGCGAAAAGGAAAACAGAAAAUGGAGAACAGAAAGUUAACACUGCAACUGAAAAUGCAGAAUAUUUUGUUUUGCUUCAACUUGUCAAUGCUCAUAGUGGAAGUAAAUUUGCGGAUAAUUUCUACAAUUGUAUUAAAUCAAUAAUGAAAAGAACAAAGCUAGAUUUGAAAUUUUUGCUCACUGUUGACGAUGUUAGCAAAGCUACAGCAGAGAAAGUGUUUCAAGAAGUUGCCCAUGACCUGAACCUGAAGAAAGAGAAAAUGCCAAACAGGACAUACUUCCCAAUUGAACAAGUGAAUGAAAAAGUUUUCCCAUACACAAAGGCAUUGCAGCAACUAUUCAGCAGCGGAGAAGGAGCAUAUUAUAGUCAUGCCAUAUUCUUCAUUGCACCAGUAAUACACAAGAUUUUGCCAAAAAAUAUUAAACGUGUUGUUAUGCUUGAUACAGACCUGCAGUUCCGGGCAGACAUUAAGGACCUCUUUCGAUUGUUUGACAGCAUGUCUGAAAGGGCCAUAAUGGCUCUUGCAACUGAUCAGCAACCUGUUUAUAGACAUGUCCUUUGGAGCUAUCGGAACAAGAAUCCUGGAACCAAAGUUGGUGGUCCUCCACCAGAUGGUCUAACUGGUUUCAACAGUGGUGUGAAGCUGGUAAAUGUAGAAGAAAUGAGAAACAGCAAGCUUUACAAUCAGUUGAUUCAAGGACAAAAUGCCUCUAGGCUGGCCAAAAAAUAUGAUUUCAAAGGACACCUUGGUGACCAAGAUUUUUACUCAUUAAUCAGCUUUGAUUAUCCACAUUUGUUUUACAACCUUCCUUGCCAAUGGAACAGACAGUUAUGCACCUGGUGGAAAAACCAUGGCUACCAACAUGUAUUUGACAUGUACUUUAAAUGUGAUGCCCCAUACUAUGUCUUGCAUGGCAACUGCAACACACCAAUCCCAAGUGAAUAGCAAAGCUUAAAAAAAGUUGCCAGGCAGAUUAUCCAGCACGAUUCAUCUGUUCAAUAUGACCAAAGUUAGAACAUAUUUCAAUUAUUUAUUUAUUCUAAAUAAAACUUAUUGAUCACAAUUAACAAGGAGAAUUUCAAUAUCAAUAUUACAAUUUCAAAUAUUUUUGUCUGUAUUUAAGUGGGAAGUGUCUCUUUUCCUGCAACUAUGGUGAAAAAAUAACAGGAAACAUACAAUCAUAUCAGAUUGUAUACUCUUGGUUAUCAAUUUGGAAUUUCAAAGCAGUAAAAUUUUUAAAGAAAGCCAAGAUAAGCAAAAAGCUGUUUAAUAUGUUCCAGAAAAUUCAAUUUUUAAAGCUAAAAAUUUUAUAAGUUCAAUUUCUGUAAUUUGGCUUUAGAAAAAAUGCCAUUUUUGAGUCCUGUUUGCCUUGCUGAGAGAAUCAACAGCUUUUCUGAUAGCACUUUUCGUUUUUGAUAUAUUAAUAUUAAAGUCUGGAGGCUUGACAUAAUUCCAUUGAAACAGAAGCAAUAGUUUUAAAUGAAAGUUGCAUUUUCUCAGAUUAUACAACAUGACUGACAAUUGUCAAGCUUUGGAAUUG